GCACGCCCUCAACGGCAUUGAAUUGUUUGACCGCUCAAUUUCAAACGAGAAAAAAAACAAGGUUUGGCUGGGAAAAAGAUCAAUCAAUCAUCAUGCAUCGUCAGAGUGCAGGCAGGGCGUCCAUUUCCUCCUCAGGGAACAGAAGAUCUUCUGUGGGUCCUCUCAGGGUCAAACACGACAAUGCUGCUGCUUCAACAAGCCGAGCUGCAGGUAAUGGGUUCAUGCGUCGGUCAUCGGGUGCAGGGGCCGCAGGACCCCGCAAGUCCACCGCCCCAAAAUCCAACUUUGGCUUCAGCAACACUAGAAGGCCUUCCAGUGGCUAUGGGCGUUCCAACAUGUCAAGAGAGGUACUUCGGGAAUCACGUCCAAUCAGUGACAAGUCUUACAUGCAAAAAGAAAUCAGGAGGAUCAUAGAUUUCUUACAGGAACAUGGUUUUUCACAUCCCAUUUCUGUGAAGCAGUUGAUGUCUCCAACAACCAAAGAUUUUGUCCGAGUCUUCCAGUUCCUCUACAACUUCCUAGAUGAGGACUAUGUUGUUGGCCCGAAGAUUGACGAGGAGAUUCCAGCAAAAUUCAAAGAACUGAAAUAUCCUUUCACCAUCUCCAAGAGCUCCAUGUGCACCCUUGGUAGUUCUCAUGCAUGGCCUCAUGUCCUGGCUGCUCUUCACUGGCUCUGUGACUUCAUCCAGUAUGCCAUGAACACAAGGGUAUCUGAGAUACUGUUCACUGAUGAAGAUGUUCCUGGUUGUCUCGAUGAACAAGCUUACUCAGAGAUGCACUUUGACUACUUAGAGAAUACUUAUGCUGAGUACAUGAAUGGACAAGAUCAGUAUGAUGUGCAUGAGAGGAAACUCAGGGAAGCUAUCCAGAUGAGCAAAGGUGGAGAUAUCAACAUGGACAAUCUGGUAGCAGAGGAAGAACGACUGAAAGCAGAGUUACAAGAAUUGGAACAACAGCAGAGUCGCAUUCCAAACCUUCAAGAGCAGAUGAAGGCAAAGACCAUUGAUUGUGAGAGGUUCUCUAACUACCUUGUCAGUCUGAGAGAACACAAGAAGACUCACGAACUCAAGAUGCAGGAAAUUGAUCUUCAUCUAGGACAAAUGGAGCUGGAGGAGUCUGAGCUUGACGGGUCGAUCGCUCGUCUGGAGUACCAGUUGGAGCAUCAGGAGCUAUCAGCGAAGGACGUGGAGCGCAUGCAAACGGAGCUCCGCCAGGCUAACUCCAGUCUGGAUCAGGUGGAGAGGGAGAAUCAGGCCCUGGACCAGGAGAUUUGGGCCGAGGAACGAAGCAUCGCAAAGAAGCAAGAGGAGCUUGAGAGGAAAGUGAAUGCUUACAACAGCCUUGCUCGUAAGCUGAAGCUGAUCCCGGCCGAUGCAGAGAAUGCCCACGGUAUCGACUACGAGCUCCGUCUCAACUUUCAUUCCAUCUACACUCAACAUUCGCCCAUGUUGGACUUUGUCAGUACAAUAAAGCCUGCAUUGAUACAACUGAAGAAGAACAUCAAUGGCGAAGUUCAUAAGCUCCACAGUCAGAGAUUGAAUGAAGAGGAGGCUCUUGAUCAGGUGAAAGAGAUGACAGAAGGAAAGAGAGAAGAGAUCAGAAAGCUGGAAUCUCAAGUUCAGCGACUAGAGAAAGAUGUCAAUGCAUUCAAGGAGAAAACUCGUGACGAAACUCAAGCGAUGACGGAUCGUCUUGCUGACAUUGAAAAGGAGAAGGAGAUGGCUAGGGCAUCAGGUAGCACAGACGUAGCUCAGACACAGGAACAAGUCAGACAAAUGCAGUCCAGAUAUGAAGAAGGCUGCCAAACCAUGCAGAUGGAGAGAGAGAAUUACGAUAAGUUCCUCACGCAAGUGUGUACAAUGAUUCUGGAACACAAGGCUAAAAUACAGAAUCAUGUCAGACAUCUUCAAGAGGAAGCUCACAAUCACCUUGAAGUCAUCAGAAGUAUGGAGAUUCCUCAACAUCCAAACCCAUCGACGUAAGGUCACCAAGAGAAGAUUAAAUGCUGUUCAUAGCUGAUGAAGCCAACAUCCGUCAUUUAUUGUUGAAUAUUUGGGUACUCCAUCGUGAGAUUAAGUUGAAUGAUUAGAUUGAAAUGUGAUCAAUCAAUUUGUUUAAAUUAAAAUAAGAAAUGACAUCGAAAACAGCAAAAAUAUGGGAUUUUGCUAAUUUUCAUCCAACUCUGCAAACCCGUAGCCAGGGGGUUUUCGGUCGAAUCCCUAAAAUUAUCUAUACCAAGAGAAUAUUACAUGAGGAUGAAGAAAAGAGAAGAGAACCGAUCAAACCCCCUAAUUGGAAACCCUGGCUUUGGGGCUGCUUUAUAUGUGUUUUUUAGCUUGAUCACAUGGUAGAUUAUCCCAUUUAAAGACAACAAGUUGUUUCUUUUUUUGUUGGGGGAGGGGGAGACUUAAUUUCAGUCAAUUUUGUAAACCUAGACAGCACUGGAGAAGCUGUAGCUAAGUGGUCUAAAGGCCACCGCACACCUUACGACUGUUCGUGAUCUGAUUUUGGAACAAAUCGCAUUUUGCUCAUUUUCUGAAAAUGUGAAUGGAACAUAUCAUUUUAUUUGAGGUUAAAAUUGAAAGAAUACUAAUAUAACCAUUUUGUAAGAUUGUUAGCCUUUAUUUUGGAGUAAAGGCCAAAUUAGUUUCAAAUCGUAGCCAAUCGUACGACUGCUAUGACGUCAUUACGACUAGAUAUUUAAUUUGCUUUUAUCAAAUGUCUGGCAUAGUCAAAGAUUUGAACAUAGGUAUUCGUACAAUGAUUUAGAACAUUACACAGUAAGAUAUUCCAAGUCUCAAUAUUAGAAUCAAAUUCUACUAUGUUUUAUUCCAAAAUUGAGUCGCAGACCAAUCGUAAGGUGUGCGGUCGCCUUAAGGCGUCUGAUAAGACACACGAGGGCUGGGCUUUGAUCCUGGACCAUAGCACCUAUGCCCUUGAGAAAGGCUUUCAAUCAUCGGUUCUAUUUUAUCCUAAUAGAAAUAAAUGGAAA